ACAUUCAGCCUUCGUUUUCUUUAAAACGACAGAGUACCCACGGUCCCACCCGGUCCAAUCUCCCACACAUAGCUACGCAAUAAAAUACAAAAAGAAAGAAAACCCCAAAACAACCAAGCAACCAGUACACCAAAAAAAAAAUGGACUUCACUCAAAUUUUACUUCUUAUCUCCUUUAUAUUUAUCUUCUUCUCCAUCAAAUUAUUCUUCACAAACUCAAUCCGGAAGCUGAAUCUUCCUCCUUCUCCGGCUUACUCUCUACCGGUUAUCGGCCACCUCCACCUCCUCAAGAACCCUAUCCACCGAACAUUCCUCUCCAUUUCAAAAUCCCUUGGGAAUACUCCGAUCUUCCACCUCCACCUCGGAAACCGCCUCGUUUACGUCAUCUCCUCGCAUUCCAUAACCGAAGAAUGCUUCACCAGAAACGAUGUCGUUCUUGCGAACAGACCCGAGCUCAUCAUGGGCAAACACAUCGCCUACGACUCCACCAUCAUGAUUGCAGCAUCUUACGGCGAUCACUGGAGGAAUCUCCGCCGCAUCGCCGCCGUCGAGAUAUUCUCUUCUCAGAGGAUCAGUACGUUUAUGUCCGUCCGUAAAGACGAGAUCCGACAGCUCAUAACACACCUCUCGAGAAACUCCGUAAACGGAUUUGUUGAAGUGGAGAUGAAAUCAUUAUUAGCCAGCUUGGCUCUCAACAACAUCAUCAUGAUGGUAGCCGGGAAACGAUAUUACGGUGGCGGCACAGAAGACAAUGAUGAGGCCAAAAUCGUGAGGGCACUUAUAUCGGAGGCGGUGGCUGGCUCCGGUGCUGGAAAUCUAGCUGACUAUCUUCCGAUCGUACGUUGGGUCACAGAUUUUGAAAAACGGGCCAAAAUUUUGGGGAAUCGAUUCGAUGGAUUCUUGCAAAGACUGGUUGAUGAGAAACGUGCAGAGAAAACAAAAGGUCAAACUUUGAUCCAUCACUUGCUUUCUCUCCAAGAAAUCCAACCUGAGUAUUAUACUGACGUCAUCAUCAAAGGAAUCAUAAUCUCUCUAGUAAUUGCGGGGACAGACACGUCAGCAGUGACGCUAGAGUGGGCAAUGUCGAAUUUGUUGAACCAUCCAGAGAUACUUAAGAAAGCAAGAGCAGAAAUCGAUGAUAAAAUCGGUUUAGACCGGCUAGUUAAGGAAUCAGACAUUGUAAAUCUCCAUUAUCUCCAAAACAUCGUGUCUGAAACCCUGCGUUUGUAUCCCCCGGUUCCGCUGCUACUCCCUCACUUGUCGUCGGAAGAUUGUAAAGUGGCGGGAUACGAUAUGCCACAUGGCACGAUGUUAUUGACAAACGUAUGGGCUAUGCAUAGAGAUCCAAGUUUGUGGGAAGAGCCAGAGGUUUUCAAACCGGAGAGAUUCGAGAAAGAAGGAGAGUCGCAAAAGCUAAUAUUACCGUUUGGGAUGGGGAGAAGGGCAUGUCCAGGAGCAGAGCUUGGGAAGAGGUUGGUGAGCCUGGCUCUUGGGUGUUUGAUUCAGUGUUUCGAGUGGGAAAGAGUUGGUGAGGAACUUGUGGAUAUGACUGAAGACAAAGGGCUCACUAUGCCUAAAGCUACUCCGUUGCGAGCUAUGUGUAUGGCACGUGCUUGUGCCGGUAAAAUGAUAUAAACGUACGUAGGUAUUGUGUUGAUCACCCGUUUACAUGCCACAUGUUUAAUCUUAGAGAUACACAAUUUAGUGUCUUGUGGUCAAGAAGUUUAGUUGGAUA